AUGCCGCCAAAUAGAGUCUUCCAUCCGUCAGACUUCGUGGCGAUUCCUCGCUCGCGGAGUGUCAGUCUCUCCAGCGACCACUCUCACAUCUCGCGCGUUAGCCUCCUCUCGCCACCGCCCGUGAUUCCACCGCCUGCAUUUGUCUCGCUCUCCGCCGCAUCAGAGAUCAUCACGACGAAGGACGGAUACGAUGCUCCCAGUGACGAGAAUGCGCAGGUCACGCCAGAGGCCCUUGCAUUGCUCAAUGGAUUCCUGGAUCAUCUUCUCUUCAACGUAUUAGCCACGGCUAAGUCGACCAAGCUCAGCUGUAUCCGACCCGCUAUAUCAGACGUCCUAAAACCUCGACUCGCGAGAGAAGUCGUGUCUGUCGCAGAUUCCGAAUUGACUGAAUAUGUCGGUAGUGUUGGUGACCUGGAUGGCGAGCCUGAACUCAACGGUAGUCGACAACCGGAGGGAGGAUUUGACCUUAUUCGUGCUUGGAAGUUGACCCGCCUUCGGUGCAUGAUUUAUACGAGACUGGGCGACUUGGAGGAGGAGGAUGAAGAUGAGUAUAUCGAACAGGAUGCUCUGGGAGAAUGCGAUGGCUUUCCUAGCAGAUUCACUGCCUCAGUGACAGUGGCGCCUACCACGGCGGUUUUCCUCACUGCCAUUAUCGAACACAUUGCCGAGCAGGCCUUGGCUGUUGCCGGCGAAGCAGCCCGAACACGGUUAUCUGCAGAAAAUAGCGAUAUGUUUGAUGAACAAAGAGCUUCUCCAUCAGGACAACACACUCGGUUUGUGCUGGAAGAGACAGACAUGGAGAAAUUGGCUUUGAACGCGACCCUUGGGAGAAUGUGGCGGACAUGGAGGAGACGAAUCCGACCUGCCAAACUGUCCCGGACGCUUUCCAGGGAAUCCAUUCGACCUCGUGCAUACCGCCGUUACACCUUUGAUCUCAGCAGAAGGGACAGCGAGACUGCACAUACUUGUGAACCAGACCCAUCUUCUAUUCCCCUGCCACCUUCCCCAACCGUCGAAGCUCAGGAUCAAACCGACGUCCAAGUCAAGGAAUUUGGAACGCCCUGGCUUUUAAACGAUGCCGAUUUCGAGGCCGUGACACUGGAAGCCGUUGUCGCCCACAAAGUGCGCCCCCGAAGCUUGAUGGUGUUCUCUUCGUCUUCAGCGUCUCACAAGUCGGGAUCUUCCAACUCUAGUUCUCCCACUAAUGCUUCGAGUCCCCAAGUUGCCAAACCCGUUCGCCACACCCGGUCCAGGUCAUUUCCUAAUGAUGCUUACAACCCCUCAGGUUCGUUAACCCUGGACCCAGGAACUAUUCACCAACCUCGCACCCAAGCCUUAGAACAGAAGCAUUUGGAUACGAUGCCUGAGCGUGAUGAACCAUCUGAGUCUGUCCAACGUGAAACAGGAAUUUCCGUCACCUUAGCGCCACUGGAAUCCAGCCCGUCUGAAAAGCAAGAUCCCAAACGCCAAGAAAAGGGAUAUCGAGAUCUUGACACGGCGCGCGAAGCCACCGUGGAACCGUCUGGCCGGGUUGCAUGUGAGGGUGUAGCUAUCAGCCAACCCGAUGGAGUCGAGCCUCUGGAGCUAUCACGGAGCGUUCAACAAGAGCAGCGAUCUAAGGCACCGGAAGCCGCCGUGAAGGAUGAAACAUCAGCGUUCCAACCACAAGAACAAUAUUCUAGUAAUUACCUGCCUCAUAAAGAGGGGAUGUCUGCUACACGGGCGGGCGAACUUCCCGAGGGUCGAUUAUCGAGGCAAGAACUGGACACUGAGGUAUCCGACUCUACUACGCGUCAACCAGUCAUUGUCUCUCCCUCCGAAGCCAAACCCCCAAUUACCGCUCUAUCAGCUCCCAAUGAUGGCACAACUCAUACAUGGCCCAAGGGCCUUGCCCAAGUCCCACAAAGCCCCCGGCCAUCGACUGCAUCUCGCACGGUUUCUCGGCCCGCGGAGAGUCCUACGGCGGCAUUCUUAAAUAGGGAUGAGAACGAGGGUUCUCAGCGCCCACCAUCUCAACCUAGAGCAGCCUCGAGGAUGUCAAACGCGUCGCAACAUGGCCACAGACGGUCGGGUUCCAUAGCAUCCCCUGGAACGGAACGGGCAGCUGUCCAGAGGCUUUCGAGGCAAACGUCAUUAUCGACCAGCUCAUCCAACUACUCAGUGUCUCGUGGAUCGGACAGUUUUGACAGGCGUCCACUGACUGCCGGAGCACCAGCUUCUCCGGUUCGGGGAAAAUUGAAAAGCCCCAUCGGCCGGCCGCAGGGUGACCCUGCUUCUCCCCGUCUACGUGCAUCUUCCGAAACGAGUCGCAUGUCGGCAGGAACUAGUGAUUCACCAGGAAACAAGUCUGAUUUGGACAAAUUGAUUCAUAGCGAUGAAACCUUGCAUUUUACAUUGACUCCGAAGAAUAUGAGGGAUAUUGAAGAACCCGAGCAACCGGCCCGUUCGACUACAGCGGGAUUGGCUGAUUUCUUGAGGAACACGGCCCCUAGAGAGGAUCCAAAACAGCCAAAGACCCCCCCGGCCCCAUUUGCAGGAGCGGCGAGCUUACCGCCGGUUGCAGAGUCCAAGUCAGCUGACAUACCCAAACAGAAACCAGUUGUGCCCAGACCCCAACCUAUCGAAGUAGCCGCAUCGAAAAAUCCUCGGAUGUCUCAAUUGCAACCCAGAGAUGCUAGGCCAGUCUCUGGAUCAACCUCUGAUAUCGUGGAAUUCCUGAGAUCUACGGGACCUGCUCUUUCUAAAAAUGCUCCUCAGAACCAGGGAGAAGUUGCUCAGCCACUUGCCCAGCGGCCAGCUCAGCGCAAUUUUUCCAAUACGUCGUCUGAGGUAUCGGGGAAGCUAGCUGGUCGCGAUAUACCUGAAUCCAGAAGUCCUGGUUCACGACUGCAAGCACGGUCAGCCGCGUCUGGAACAGGAGGGGAAACCUCGGACCUGAUCGAUUUCAUUCGAACUGGUCCACCAACCGUGGGCGCACAUCGUAUACCUCGAGCGGUAGCACCUUUCCAGGAUACCGCGGACUCUGAUCACUCAGAGCUUGGAUCUAGCAACAAUGGAAGGGAUAGUAUUCAAGAUGGACGGUCUAUAGCAAACAGAUCUCACACUUCAUUCAGUUCAAAUACAGGGCUUCUGGAUUCGGUAGACCGAGCUAGUUCACAGGCUAGCAUUGUCAGACGCACAUCAGUUCCAGGAGAUGCGCACAUCGAGACUCGACCGUCUCGGAGGCACCUCCAAGCGCGGGACCCCUAUAUUGUUGAUUUCGAAGAAGACGAAGAGGAUGAUGAUCUUGAUGAGCUUUUGGGAACACGGAGACCGAAGCGUAAACAGGAAAGCCUGAUGGAUUUCUUGCGCAGCGUUCCUGGCCCUCCUGGCCAAGAAGAAUCCCCUCAAUCCCUAUGGGGAAGCACGGCAUUGGCCGAAAACCCUAGAUCCGGCACGUCCCUGGGUGCGCCUUCCAUGAGAUCUCGGCUUAUGAGCAAGACUUCCUUGGAUAGGAUUCCUACUUUGAAAAGUUCCAAGGCCUCCUUGCGCUCCUUUGCUGAUAGCUCGGGGCAAUCAACCUAUUCUACCAAAGUUGGCUCUGAGCGUAAUCCGGGUUUCGCCGGCCCUCGUAGCCAAACGAUGAACCCAACACGGAGGCAGACAGAGACCGGUGCGUUGACUGGUCUCCUCAAAAGCACAGGCCCUCCUCCGCCUCGAGCCUAUGUUGCCAUGACUGGUGGAAAGGUAAAGGAUUCUAGCUCGAGUCCUUUUUCCAGGUUCUUCGGCCGUCGGAAGAAGGUGGAGGCUUGAGUAUAUUGAUUCUGUCCUCCUCUUUCCCUUUGGAUUUGGUAUUUUGGCAUUGCCUCAUCCUCCACCCCCCAUUACAUUACCCUUUCAUUUUUUGAUCUGGGCUUGUGAAAAAAAAAAGAUAUAAAAAAAAAUAAAAAGGGACGCCUGGUGACCUUUUUAUCUUCCUUUUCUGGUACCGUUGUAAAUAUCCGAAUCUUCUUUCCUUAUAGGAGUUAUCCCCUGUUUUUUUCAAUACUGGACCAGUACGCGUUAUGACAUUGCUUACUCUCUUUACUGAUUUUAAUCUCUGUCUCUCUUUUCUUGUCUCUUUCCUCUUCAACCUAUUCAAAUCCGACAUUCUCUUUGUUUUCUUAUCAGCGUCAAAUCUUGUGUCUUUUCUCCUGGUCCCUGUCAUAUGUUCCUAUUUUCUUUUCUUUUUUUUUUUUUUUUUUCCUUCUUUUUUUUUCGUGAACGUGCCCCUCUAAUGAGUUUCCAUGGUGCAUAUUCAGCUGACUCCUGAUGAAGAGCCAACUCUACUCAGCACUCUCUCUAGUUUUCCUCUUUUUUUUUCUUUUUUUUUUUUUUUUCUCUCUCGCUGUUAGCUUGUCAUUCAGAUUUACAUUCCCCUUCUACUGAUUUGCAGAUAGAUACUAUUGGAGUUGGGCUAGUGGAUGCACAGCUGCACAUGAAGUUUUAGGAAUUGGACCCUAUGAAUGAGAGGGAUCUGUUGAAUAUUGGUUUCCAUCUUUGUACAUGGUAAUGAUAUGCAUGCUUUAUAUGAG